AAAGUCCAACAAAAGGCCCAAGAAACGAAACCCUAAAAUCCUUCUAAGCUCUUUCUCUCUUCAAAGGUUUAACUCCUCAGCUUCAAGACCCUAGCGGCGCAUCUCCUCUCCACUGCGACCAUGGUUCUCCAAAACGACAUUGAUUUGUUGAAUCCUCCAGUGGAGCUUGAGAAGAAGAAGCACAAGCUCAAGCGUCUCGUUCAGUCUCCCAAUUCCUUCUUCAUGGAUGUUAAAUGUCAAGGCUGCUUCAACAUAACGACCGUAUUUAGCCACUCUCAAACUGUGGUGGUGUGUGGUAACUGCCAGACGGUUCUAUGCCAGCCUACUGGUGGUAGAGCUAGACUCACCGAGGGAUGCUCUUUUAGGAAAAAGGGUGAUUAAAUCUGAUGGCUAUGAUUGGAAGAAGAGUUUUGUAUGUUCCCAUUCUGGGUAUCUUUUUGAUGUGUUAAAAUGUCUUAAUUUUAGUAGCAACAUCAAGGAUUUAGAAAGACUAUUUGUUAUUGUUCCUAAUUUAGUGGAUGGUUUUGUUUUAAUGAAUGUUUUGAGUUGAUUUUGAUUGGUUUUCUGGUCUUGAUAUAAAUAUAAGUAUCUUUGUUGGC